AUGGAACUUGUAAAUGGUAGCUGGUUCCAGCCACCCACUCUCCUUCUAACAGGCAUUCCUGGACUGGAGGCUGUGCAAAUAUGGAUCUCUAUCCCACUGUGUGUCAUGUAUCUAACUGCCCUCCUGGGGAACUGCAUCAUCCUCUUUGUUAUCAAAACCACCUCCAGCCUUCAUGAGCCUCAAUACAUCUUCCUAUCUAUGCUGGCAACCACAGAUGUAGGUCUGUCUUUAUCAACUCUACCUACAGUACUCAGGGUCUUCCUCCUGAAUCGCAGAGAAAUAGAGUUCCAUUCUUGUCUAACACAGAUGUUCUUCAUUCAUACUUUCUCUUCCAUGGAGUCAGCCAUCCUGUUGGCCAUGGCCUUUGACCGAUUUGUAGCUAUUCGCAACCCACUGCACUACACUGUGGUCUUAACCUCUCCUCGAAUUAUUGGGAUGGGAAUUGCAGCCAUGGUUAGGGGUGUGAUGUUGAUGGUACCCUUGCCAAUCCUGCUCAAGAAAUUGUCUUUCUGCAAAGAUGUUAUUCUAUCACAUUGUUACUGCUACCAUCCUGAUGUUAUGAAGCUGGCCUGUGGCCCCAUCAGAAUCAACAUCAUCUACGUGUCCCUUGUCCUCUGCUCUUUUGGAGUUGACUCUGUGCUCAUUGUCAUUUCAUACAUACUUAUUUUGAAAACAGUGCUGGGUAUUGCCUCAGAAGAUGGUCAGCUCAAGUCACUUAAUACUUGUGUGUCCCACAUUUUCACUGUUUGUAUCUUUUAUGUGCCACUCAUUGUGCUGGCUCUAAUUCACAGAUUUGGUAUGUUCACAUCUCCUGUUCUCCAUGUCACCAUGGCCAAUCUCUUUCUCUUUUUGACCCCUAUCCUUAAUCCCUUGGUUUAUAGCCUAAAAACCAAACAGAUAAGAUCUGUAAUACACAAGGUAUUCAAGGGCAGGGGAAACUUGUUGUAG